GACUUUAUCGGUGCCGAUAGGAUGGUGGGGCACGACUAGAUGACUCUAAGGUUAGCUCAACUUUUCGCAAAGACUAAAAUUUCCAUUUGGUUGAAGGUUCGUUUUGCCUCGUUUUGCCUCGCUUCGCCUCUUACCUUAGGUAGAUUUCGACUUGAUCAAUUAUUGCCUAGAGGUGCCGUUUCUCUCUACGCCCUUUUUCUUUUUUUUCCCUUUCUUUUUUUCCUCUUAUUCCAAGAUCGACAGAAAAUAUCCCCCCCCCAUAUGUGAUGAAUCGUCUUCUACUCACAGCGAUUGGGGCGCGAAACGAAAUACCCGAUUUCGACUGACCAUAAAACCCCUUGCGAAAAAAAAAUAAAAAAUAAAAAAUAAAAGAUACCGCGACGCGCGCGUUGCAAAUACCGUCGAAAUGGCUACCGCUACAAUCACCAGCUCGGUCGCGCUGGUCAAGCACCAGGUCGUCGAUAAAUUACCCAAGAAGUUCAAGCAGAUAAAGUUUGGCAUACAGUCUAACCAAGACAUCGUCAACCAAGCCGUUAUUGAAGUUUCCGAUCGGACUAUGUACGAUAUCGACAGGGGCAGAGAACCGACGCAAAAUGGUAUACUUGAUAAACGUUUGGGAACAUCGAGCAAGACUGGUACAUGUCAGACAUGUGGUCUUCGCCUUCAGGACUGUACCGGUCACUUCGGCCACAUUCGAUUACCUCUACCGGCAUUUCAUAUCGGCUAUAUCAAGUUCACGAUAACCAUCUUGCAGAAUAUAUGCAAAGAUUGCUCGCGAGUAUUAUUAACAGAGCCAGAACGGCGAAUGUUCCUGAAAGAGUUGAGACGGCCCUUUAUCGACAAUAUGCGACGAAGCGCUAUAUGCAAGAAGAUCAACACGCAAUGUAGAAAAGCGAAGAACUGUCCCUACUGUGGCGCGGUGAACGGUCAGAUUAGGAAAGUUGGAGCCCUCAAAAUUGUCCAUGACAAGUUCGUUGCAUACAAUAAAUCGACAUCGCAAAAGAAGCAACCCCCACCAAGCAAGAUCGAGUUUGAUAACUCCUUUCUCGAAGCCAGGAAACACGUUCACGACCUUGAUAAGCAUCUGAGGAAAGCUUUCGAAGACCUGAAUCCUCUCAGGGUUCUAAACUUGUUUAAACAGAUCAGUCCCACAGAUUGCGAGUUACUCGGGCUCGAUCCCUCGGAAGGACGGCCUGAGAUGUUCUUAUGGCAAUAUCUCCCUGCGCCGCCCGUGUGCAUCCGACCAUCCGUAGCUCAAGAGGGUGCGAGUAAUGAGGAUGACUUAACGACGCGUCUUGGAGACAUAGUAUGGGCAUGUGGUCUCAUACGUGCCGCGCUAGAAAAGGGCACUGCUCUACAAACCAUCAUGGAACAGUGGGAAUAUAUGCAACUACAAAUUGCAGUAUAUGUAAACAGCGACGUUCCCGGCCUGCAAAGUAGCGGAAUGAAAACGACGAGGGGUGUAUGUCAACGUUUGAAAGGAAAGCAGGGUCGAUUCCGGGGUAAUUUGUCCGGAAAGCGUGUCGACUUUUCUGGUCGAACUGUUAUUUCGCCCGAUCCAAAUCUGGCCAUUAAUCAAGUUGCUGUUCCCGAACUCGUAGCCAAGAACCUGACGUACCCCGAAAGAGUCAACCGCGCAAAUAUUGAUAAAUUAAAGAAAUGCGUGCUGAACGGCCCUUACGUAUGGCCAGGAGCCCAGGCCAUCCUCAAACAAGACGGCGACCAAGCAUUCAAAGUGUCCCUAAGGUUUGCGGACAAGGAAUCGGCUGCUCGAGAUCUGCGUGAAGGAGACAUAGUUGAACGUCACCUUGAGGAUAAUGACAUCGUUCUUUUCAAUCGACAACCGUCUCUUCACAAGCUCAGUAUCAUGAGCCAUUUUGCCAAGGUCCGACCAUGGAGGACCUUCCGCCUCAACGAAUGUGUGUGCGGACCUUACAAUGCCGAUUUUGACGGAGACGAGAUGAAUCUCCAUGUUCCUCAGACGGAAGAGGCUCGUGCUGAAGCUAUGGAACUCAUGGGUGUUAAGCACAACCUGGCCACGCCGAAAAAUGGAGAGCCUAUCAUUGCUGCGACGCAGGAUUUCAUUACAGCUGCGUAUCUUCUUAGCAGCAAAGAUAAUUUCUACGAUCGCAGGACGUUUACUUAUAUCGUCAUGCAAAUGAUGGAUGGUGUCACUCAUCUAGAUCUGCCGCCUCCGGCCAUCUUUGCUCCUAAGCGACUUUGGACCGGAAAGCAGAUCUUUAGUAUGCUCAUGCGGCCAAACAAGGCGUCGCCAGUUAAGGUGAAUCUUGAUGCCAAGUGUAAAGAGUUCUCAGAUCCAGUACCACCACAACCUGGCCAUAAGCCCUUGGCACCGGACAUGUGCCGGAACGAUGGUUGGCUAGUUGUGAGAAACUCAGAAGUCAUGUGUGGUAGGAUGGACAAGUCGACAGUGGGGGCAGGCAAGAAAGAUUCUAUCUUCUACGUCAUUCUACGAGAUUUUGGUCCAGACGCAGCUGUAGCGACGAUGAACCGGCUAGCCAAGCUCUGCGCACGAGUGCUGACGAUUCGCGGCUUUUCAAUUGGUAUCGGUGAUGUUUACCCUACGGCAACUCUUACUGAACAGAAGCAAGCGCUUGUAGAGGAGGCCUAUAAGCAGUCAGAUGUUUUCAUCGAACAAUUUAAUGCGAAUAAACUGCCGAAAGCGGCCGGUUGUACUAUGGAAGAAACACUGGAAAACAAGAUUUCUGGUACCCUCAGCAAAGUUCGACAAGCCGCGGGAGACUAUUGUAUCAAGACGCUUAGUAAAAAUAAUGCGCCUUGGAUUAUGGCUUCCUCUGGGUCUAAAGGCUCAGUUAUUAAUGUCGCUCAGAUGAUUGCUGUCGUCGGGCAGCAAAUUAUUGGAGGAAAACGUGUUGCUGAUGGUUUUCAAGAUCGAACCCUUCCGCACUUCCAUAAAAACACCCGCCAAGCGCCCGCAAAGGGCUUCGUUCGAAACAGCUUUUACACCGGACUGGUCCCGACUGAGUUCUUGUUCCACGCUAUUUCCGGAAGAGAAGGUCUAGUCGAUACAGCCGUCAAAACUGCAGAAACUGGGUAUAUGUCUCGUCGUUUAAUGAAGUCGCUGGAAGAUCUCUCAACUCAAUAUGAUGAUACUGUCAGAACCUCGGGUGGAGGUGUGGUACAAUUCCAGUUUGGUGCGGACAAGCUCGAUCCCGUCGACAUGGAAGGUAAAGCUGUACCCGUCAACUUCUCUCGAACUUGGUCCCACGCCGAAAAUCUCACUUGGAAAAACUCUGACAAAGCGCUAUUACCCUUCGAGAUUCUAGAGCUUUGCGAAUCUAUUCUACAAAAGGAACGCGAACGCUAUCGAAGACGGGGGUUAUUACACGGAGAACCCCUUGGAUACAGGGAUGAUAGCGACUAUGCUAUUGAUGAGCACGAGAGCGCCCGAAGGUUUCUCGAUACUGUGUACGGCCACAUGGAAGGGUUGGCGAAGAAGUUGGCCAAUUUCCGAGCUGCUUCAGGCCUCGAGCCUAUGCUUACGAGGCCUAGUGGUUCGCUAGCGGCAAUUAAUAGAAAAGAAAAAGGGGCAGUUCCAAGACUCGCGUCAGAGAGGGUUGCAAAGGUUUCUGAGCGCACGGUUAGGAAAUUCAUCGCAUUAUGUCUCGAGAAAUAUUCCAAAGCCAGGGUUGAGCCUGGCCACGCAGUCGGAGCCGUGGGUGCUCAGUCGAUUGGUGAGCCAGGAACGCAGAUGACCCUAAAAACUUUCCAUUUUGCUGGUGUUGCCGGAAUGAGUAUUACGCAAGGUGUACCGCGUAUCAAAGAAAUCAUCAACGCUUCGAAAUUGAUCAGCACGCCAGUUAUCACUUGCCCCCUACAAAACAACAGACAAAUCGAAGUAGCACACCUUGUGAGAGCGAGGGUUGAGAAGACGUAUAUCGAAGAUAUCCUUCGGUACGUCGACGACGAAUGGGGACCUCACAGAACAUUCAUUACUCUUCAUAUUAAUACCGAGACCCUGGAAGGAUUGCAUCUUGGCAUUGGCCUCAAGGAUAUUAAAAUGGCGAUCGUUAAACAAAAGAAACUGAAGAUACUGGACUCGGAUAUAGAGAUAUUCGAGCAAGAUGCCACCAUUGAGGUAACUGUCAGGCCCCCGGAUGCGGAUUCUUUAGCCAGACGCGCACCUAAAAGUAAGGCGGCAAUUGCAGAGGCGGCAGCAGACUUGCUCGUUCGGGUAAGCCACCUGAAGCGUGUAUUGCCGUCAGUUCCAAUCUCGGGAUAUCCAGAUGCAACUCGUGCAAUCAUCCAGACCGAAGAGGACAAGAAAGAUAACACGAUUAACUAUUACACUGUACUCGUCGAGGGUUAUGGUCUCCGACAGUGCAUGAAUACGGAAGGUGUUGUUGGUACCAAGGUUCGCACGAAUAGUAUUCUGGAAUGCCGCGACGUUCUUGGCAUCGAAGCUGCACGAACCACCAUCGCCGCAGAAAUCUCGAGCGUCAUGGGCGAUAUGGACAUCGAUCCGCGACACAUGGAGCUAUUAGCCGACGUCAUGACUUACAAGGGCGAAAUUCUCGGCAUUACUCGAUUCGGUCUAUCAAAGAUGCGAGACAGCGUAUUACAACUUGCGUCCUUCGAGAAGACUGCGGAUCACCUGUUCGACGCCGCGUCUGGAAUGAAAGCAGAUCGCAUCGAGGGCGUAAGUGAGAAAAUCAUCAUGGGACAGACCAUGUCGGUUGGCACAGGCGCGUUCCAAAUGGUGCGAUACCUGGGCCACAGAGACGAGCACUUCAAACAGUUACCAACUGUCUUCGAAGACGUGUGGACGGAGGAGCAGGACUUGUACCGCAAAGUGAGGAAGCGGACCAAGAUAUAACAGAAUGUAUCUCCCGGGAAAGAUUAUUCCAGUUAGGGCGAUGAUAUGAUUUGGUUGCUUCAAAAUAAGUUUCAGUGGCUGUAAAACAUUUCUGGCGGUUGCUUCUACGCAUCGAGUUGCUGUCGUCUGUUUAUUUUUUGCAACGAGCUAUUAUUGAGGUGGCGAUAGCAUAAUGUUUGUAGUGUACACUUUUUAGGUUAGGUACCUGUUUUACCUAAAUGAAGUCGUCGAAGAUGCAUCGAUAUAGGAGCACUAGGUACCUUUGCCUGCGCGAUAAUCAAUCUUCUUGCAUGACUCAA